GGGAGGGACAGGAGGGGGGGUUCUUAAAAGAAUAACCUGUCACCACCCACCUUCAUCAGUACCUAACCCUUCCAGGGGCCCAUAUCAUCCUGCCUUACCGGUACCCGAACCCCCAGAUCUCUUUUAAUCAUUAUUUUGUAUUCACCUAGAUUUGAACACCUGAUCUCUGACUUCAUAGUCCACCCUUGUCUCCACUACGCCAUGUAGUGGAUCGUUGCAAAUUUUCUUUUAUUUAGUUGUCUAAUAAGGUGUUGGUCUCAGAUUCGCUCUUCCACUUUGAUGAAAAUUAAACUAGUUUGAAAUCUAGAUCAUCCCAAAUGAACACACCCCUCAUAUGCCAAGAAAUUUAAAAAAUCAAAAUUUGUCAUCCAAUUCUGGUAAACACAGAGCAGACUGUGCAUCACCUUAGUCUACAGAAAAAUCAUGCCACAUUUCAGGAGUUUAAUUGGCAUGUUGUUCAUUACAGUCAAAAAGGAAGGUCAGAAUGGAAUCAUUUCAAGUAUUGCAUUCAGUCAGGACAACUCUGGGAUGUAUGCUUUGGGCUCCUAUUCAAAAUCAGUUGGAGUCUACUCAGAUUCAGAUGGUGAGCUAAUUUUUCUCCUCCAAGGACAGCAGGGUGGGGUCACUCAUGUCAUGUUCUCCCCAGAUGGGACAAAGCUAUAUAGUGGCGGCAGAAAGGAUGAUGAAAUUAUAUGCUGGGAUGUGCGAAAUCCUGGAACAGUCCUGUACUGUAUGAUGCGCUCAGUGGACACCAACCAGAGGGUGUAUUUUGAUAUUGACAGGACUGGACAAUACAUAAUCUCUGGCAAUGCCGAUGGUUGUGUUUCCAUUUGGGAUUCUACACUUCCUCCUCUCAAUGACGACACAACAAAAGAAGCUACACUACAACCUGUCAUGAAGUUUGUGGCUCAUGGGGACUUUGUAAAUGGUGCCAGUUUCCACCCCAGCCUUCCUCUACUGGCCACAACCUCUGGGCAACGCCAGUUUGAAGAACCUGGGAAUGACAGUGAUGAUGAAAACACAAUGGACCAGGACAUAGUGGCACAAGUUGAUAAUUCACUUAGGAUCUGGGCAGCUGGCACAAGUGUAAAAUGAGAGCAACUCUGAGGCUGCUAAGAGUGAAUUAGGAGACUAAAAUGUACUUCAAGUUAAAAAUCUGUAACAAAAGUAACAGCAAGAAGUACAAGGCUGCUUAGAGACUGGCUCUUUCCUGUGUGAAAUUUACAGACAGCAGUGUUAAGCAAACUGUGACGACAGGUACACACAGAGGACCCAACAACUGGGAAAAGAUUGUCCUUUUUGGAAAUAUAUCCUCAGAUAUACUAUUAUGUAUAUAGCUUGUCCCACCGACAUCUCCAAAUAGUGCUUGCCAUACAACCACAGUGUAAGAGACUCCAGAAUGUAACCUCCAGCGUUUAGUUAUUAACAUUCAGGCAGCCAUUUACUGUGUAGUGUCACUCAGUUGACUUUCCCAGCAAGGGUUUCCUAACUCAUUAUUUUUCACAAAGUUUAGUACUGGGACUUGUAAAGUGAAGAUUCUUGUAACAGACACCAAUCGCUGGUUCCAGCAGACUGUGUUUGUUUGCAUGUUGAAACCAAUCAACUGCAAGUAUGACAACAGUACACCCAAGUUGAAAUUAGAGGACAGAGAAAACACGCUUGACUCAAUCAAUGUGAACAGCUCACUCUCUAUAAUAUGUGUAUCCUGGAAUUCCCUGAGCCAGCCUGUCUUCUAAUGAAAAUGUUUUGUGGUGCUUGGUUUAUGACUGCAUUGUGGCCAUUCAACUGUUAACUGAUGGUGGUUGCUGUCUGACAGUUGACAACCACUUUUUGGGUAGAGGUGGAGAGGGGGCUGUUCUUCCCUUUCAGUGACCUUUCAGUCCAAUAAAAUGAGCAAUAAAAUAUUAGAACUAUUUAUUAAUAGCAAAUUGUCUUAUGCAAGAAGUACAGUAUGUAGAAGGCCAGUGUGUGUUUUGAAACUAUUUGAAACAUAUAAUUAUAAUUUGUGAAUCUAAUGGAUGUAAAAUAAUAAAUUUGUCCCAAGUUAACCAUCACUAUCACAGCUCUUGUUUCAACUCCAUUGUCAACAUACAAAUUCUCCAUACAGGUUUCCAUUCACUUCUUAUUGUGCUAGUCUAGUUGAAAAAAAAAAAACGUUUUAAAUAAAAUAGUUUCUCGUCAUU